AUGGACUCCUACGACGGACCGAGCAGGCGUGACCACGGGUCGCGCCACAGAAAGGACCACAAGACCAGGAGCAGCAGUAGCCGCAAGGGAACUGACACCGACAUGAAAGAUGCCGCGGACCAACUCGAGUCUCUGUCGAUCCUUGCGGGGGGAGGCAUAAAGGCCGGCAAAAAGGCAUGCAAGGACAGGGCCUUCGCCGAGGCGAUCAAGCUGUACGGGUACGCUCUCAAGGCGUACGAGCGUCAGCUGGAGAUGUCACUGGAGCUGAAACACCAGAAAUGGAUCAUCCAGGAAAAAGAACGAGACAUAGCCAAUGCGGCCGCCUUGCUCAAAGAGGCAGAGGUGGGUUACCGCAACCACCUCGGGGACCGCGAGGAUCUCGACAUGAACUACAGGAACUGCCACCACAACGCGGUCGAGUGCCGCGAGCACGCGCUCAAGUGCGAAGAGGAGGAACCUUCGGAAGACGGCAGGAGCUUCGCCGCCACGGAAGCGUGGCGCUCGACGAGAAAUGCAUACAUGGAGGCGAAGGGGGCGUUGGAGAAGCUGAAGGCCUUCGACGCGGGCUUCGCGCAGAUGCAAUACCCUGGCCUGCUGCGCCAGCUGCACGAUGAGAUCGUCGACGCCUUUGUUAAGGAGCUCCAGAGACGCGACGAAUACCUGUGGAAAGCUUUGUUUCUGAAUACAAGGAACCAAUUCCCGGCGCCCGAGGUCUUCAAAGCGUACGACUUGACGGAGAAGACUCUCGGCGAGCUGGAACGGUUCGACCCGCAAUGUUUUACACGCGACCCCUCCGGCCGGUUGCAGAAGCUGCGCGACCACAUUAACUAUCCCAAGGAGGCGGUUGCGGAGAUGAAAGUUAGAUGGGCCAUGGUAAUACACGUUACCAACGCGCACAGAGCCAUUGCCCAAGAUGACCGGCACCAGGCCGUGACGGAACUUCUCCUCGCGUCCGUAGAGCUGGAAAACGCCCGCAAACUACCAUACCGGCGCCACUGGACGGGCCAUGGUACCUUUGGAGAUGCGCUCAUCGCAUGGCUUGAGAAAUUGGGAGCCGCCAAGUUUGGGCCGGGAUGGUACCCUGGAGGCCAGCACCCAGGACCUCGGCACCCAGGACAGCAGUACCCAGGACAGCACCCGGGCCGUUAG